AUGGGCAGAAUGAUGACGCCAUUGCCAAUUGUUUUCUGCCUCAUGUUGGUAGCAUCAAUCAAUGCACAGCCCCCAUGGUGGGGUGGAAACCAUCAUUCUGGAGGAGGUUAUAAUACUGGAGGAGGUUAUAAUACUGGAGGAGGUAAUAAUGUUGGAGGAGGUAAUAAUAAUGGAAGAGUAGGUGGAGGUGAUAGAGAAUCAGGAGGAAAUUAUAAUCCUGGAGGAGAAUCCCCGUGUCUUAAGUGUGUUGGAAAGAUAGUUUGCAGUCUAAAGAGUGCAACUGGAGAUCGCUACAGAUGCCCUGAAGGAGACAUUCCAUUAUCUUGUUCGUGUGGAAAGGGCUGUGGCUCAUGGACUAUUAUUAAUGGUAACACCUGUAACUGUCAGUGUGCUAAAAUGGACUGGACCACAGCUAACUGCUGUAGAAUUGAAUUCUAAUUGAUGGGGAUAAUUUUCUAUAUCUUUUUUUUAUUUCAUGCUCUAAAAAAUAAAUAUAAAUAAUAAAAAGUAUUGUAAUAUU